CAUUCACAUUCGCACUUACUCGCGUGUCUCGACCUGUACCGGCAAGUCUUAACACUUGCCUGCAUGUGUAUAGGUCGCUUAAGAGCAAUUAUGUAGAUGCUAGAUGUAAUUCACGAAAGAGUAAAAAAUUUGAUCCGACUAUUAACGAACGCAGCUUUAAUCCUUUCGUGAUACCAUCAAUACCAGCUGACUAUGACAGUAAAUAGAAACGUGGCCAGAGCCCUUCUCCUUGAAGUACAUGUAAAGGUGAAAUAGAUAACCUUUAUGUUCAUAAUCUGGAACUUUCUUAUCGAGGGUCGCUUAAUCACGCUGACAUAAAGAUUCGGGGUUACGCGCAUACGAAAAAGAUUUACUUUCAGAAAGUUAAAUAAAUACGGUACCGGCUAUGUCAGAACCACAGUCGAAAAAAAGCAAGAUGUCUAGCUCCUUGGAACAACUUAAGGCUCUCACCACCGUGGUCGCCGAUACCGGCGACUUUGAAGCCAUGAAGGCUUAUAAACCAACUGAUGCAACAACAAAUCCAUCGCUUAUCUUGCAAGCAGCCGCUUUGCCGCAGUACAAAGCAUUGAUUGAUAAGGCAGUACAUCAUGCAAAUAAAGUAGGCAGCACCCUUGCAGAAAAGACUGAGGCUGCAUUAGAUAUACUCUGUGUUUUAUUUGGAGUAGAAAUCUUAAAAAUAGUCCCUGGUAGGGUUUCUACUGAAGUCGACGCAAGAUUAUCCUUUGACAAGGAUGCUAGUGUUGCAAAAGCCUUAAAAAUCAUAGAAUUAUAUGCUGAACAUGGAAUAUCCAAAGACCGUAUUUUGAUAAAACUGGCGUCAACAUGGGAAGGCAUACAGGCCGCCAAGAUAUUAGAAUCAAAGCAUGGUGUUCACUGUAACUUAACCCUUCUUUUUAAUUUUGCUCAAGCGGUAGCUUGUGCGGAGGCUGGAGUCACAUUGAUUUCACCAUUUGUUGGGCGUAUCCUGGACUGGUAUGUGGCAAAUACAGAAAAAAAGUCAUAUUCGGGAGAAGAAGAUCCUGGAGUAAUAUCUGUGCGCAAUAUUUACAACUAUUACAAAAAGUUUGGUUAUAAAACUGUAGUCAUGGGUGCCUCUUUUAGAAAUAUUGAGGAAGUUAAAGCCUUAGCGGGCUGCGAUCUCUUAACCAUUAGCCCAAAACUUCUGGGAGAAUUGGAGGUCAGUACUGCCCCUGUUGUUAAAAAACUUAGCAAAGAAGCAGCAGCCAAGCUUUCACUCGACAAAUUGGAAUUGAGUGAGGCUAAAUUUCGGUGGCUGUUGAAUGAGGAUCAAAUGGCAACUGAAAAACUGUCAGAUGGCAUAAGGAAAUUUGCUGCCGACGCAAUUAAGCUUGAAAAUAAAAUUAAAGAGCUUCUUAAAAAAUAAAUAAAGGUUGAUUUGAUGUUUACAUAUUUUUUAAACAUUUGGUACUUGGAUAUUUGUACAGGGUAAUAAGUAAAUUGAGGAAAUAAAGAAUAUUACUUCUA